AUGUCCAAAACAACCUUUGCCAUCUUUGCUGCUGCCGGCGCAGCUACCGGCGCAGGCGUCACAGCUCUCCUAUAUUCAUCAAAAUCCCGUCAACCUACUCCUCCUCCCGCAGCUGCGCUGGCAGUCCCAGCUACCACCUCCACGUCGACCGCCGUCCCGCCCAUCCAUGCUCCCACGCCUUCUCUAGCCGCCAAAGCUUCUACUGCAGCUCCCGUCGACCCUUCAGGCUUACUGCAAUAUGGCUUCCCAGGCCCUGUCAGCGACCCUCUCAACACACUCCCCUUGACAGGCGCCUAUGACCGACGAAUGCGCAACCCGUCUUGGGUCGCCGAACACAUCACCCCAUUCUCCCUCUCCCUCAAGAACGCAGACCGCAAACACAGCGUCUUCGUCGAAGAUACCACAAUCCCAACCAUGUUUCGCGGUAAACUGUCCGACUACUUCCGCUCUGGCUAUGAUCGAGGCCACCAAGUGCCCGCCGCAGACGCCAAAUGGAGUCAAGACGCAAUGGACGCCACAUUUGCGCUUAGCAACAUGUGCCCUCAAGUCGGCGAGGGGUUCAACCGGGAUUACUGGGCUCAUUUCGAGGAUUUCUGUCGCAAUCUCACCAAGAAGUACCCAUCCGUUCGCAUUGUGACGGGACCCUUGUACUUACCCCGCAAGGAAGCCGAUGGCAAGUACAGAGUUACUUACGAAGUAAUCGGUGAACCGCCCUCCAUCGCCGUACCCACACAUUUCUAUAAGGUCAUCUUUGCGGAACACGGCACAAACCCCGCGGACAAGGUUGCUCUAGGAGCUUUUGUGCUUCCUAACGCUAAAAUCCCAAAUACUACGCCCCUGACGGACUUUGAGGUCCCCGUUGAGGCUAUUGAGCGCGCUAGUGGGUUGGAGUUUGCUACGAAGUUGGACGCUUCUCGUCGUCGACGGCUGUGUCAGGAAGUCAGCUGCGGUAUUGUUGUAAGAGAGUUUAAUAACUCCCAGAAAUCACUGCCGGCACCUAGGCGAUAA